GAGCGGCGAGGGAGCUCGAGACGAGACGCUUCAUGAGCCGCGACGGGACGGCUCAUCCCCUUUUUCUCUCUCCCAAAAAGUUCCCGGAGUUUCUCUUUCUCCCCAAGGCCAUGGAGGAGGCGCAGGGAUUGGGCCGGCGCUCCGUAUGGUAUUGACUGUUGAGUAUUGAUUGUGGAGUCGAAGGAUGGAACCAUCUCGGUUGCUUCUGCAUUUGCUGGUCAUCAGGAAGCCAUACAAGACAGGGACCAUAAAUUCUUGACAAAAGCAGUUGAAGAAGCAUAUCGAGGAGUUGAUUGCGGAGACGGAGGUCCGUUUGGGGCAGUCAUCGUCCGUAAUGAUGAAGUAGUAGUUAGCUGCCAUAACAUGGUUCUGAAGCACACUGAUCCAACUGCACAUGCUGAAGUAACUGCAAUAAAAGAGGCUAGCAAAAAACUUGGGAAAAUUGAGCUCUCUGAUUGUGAAAUUUAUGCGUCCUGCGAGCCAUGCCCGAUGUGCUUCGGCGCAGUUCAUCUGUCCCGGAUCAAGAGACUGGUUUAUGGAGCCAAGGCUGAAGCUGCCAUUGCCAUUGGAUUUGAUGACUUCAUUGCAGAUGCUCUGAGAGGCACUGGGUACUACCAGAAGGCCAACAUGGAGAUCAAGAAGGCUGAUGGCAACGGAGCACUGAUCGCUGAGCAGGUCUUCGAAAAGACAAAGGAGAAGUUCCAUAUGUACUAAUGUUUGUCAGAAGAAGAUUUCAGAUUUGUACAAUGUUCACUCAGAAGAAAUAAUACAAUGCUCAAAUUUCCAUUGUUUCAGAAAACUAUCCAUUCAAAUGUUUUACAUUCUGGUCACUACACCUGAAUUUCUUGUAAACAGACUCAAGGGCAGUUCUUUGCCGUUGCUUAAUGUGAAGUUAAUGAAAUUUAGUUUCUGA